CUUUCCACUCUCUGGCCCCACCUCUAGCUCCACGCCCCGACCGGCCCUGAGCCCCGCCUCCAUGCCCCAGCCACACUUCCCGGACCCGAACCCGCCCGGGGCGGAGCUGCACCAGGUGCGGGCCUGGGGCGUGGCGGGCGCCACGGAGCGCCAGGUGCGGCUUCCGCGUCAAGAUGGCCGCCACCAGCCGAGCCGGGGUAUGGCUUCCAUCCCGCGGCCGCCUUCCCGCCAGGCGCCCGCUGCUGCGAGUCGCCCUCUGCCUCCUGUGCUGGGGCCCGGCGGCUGUGGGCGCCGUCCCCGAGCUCGGGCUCUGGGCAGCGACGAUCAAUGACAAAUCAGGACCUUUGAUAUUUAGGAAAACUAUGUUUAACUCUACUGAGAUCAAGUUUUCUGUGAAGUCAUUCAGUUGCUCUGGGCCUGUGAAGUUUACCAUAGUGUGGCUUUUGGAGCAUCAUACCUGUCACCAUGAAUAUUCUGAGCUGGAAGAGCUGUCACAAAAACAUGAACUUAGUGUCAGUGAAGACUUUUGUGGUCAUUAUUUCAAGAACAGCGAAUGUUGGACAACAAAAAGUGAAAACUUAGAUUGCAACAGUGAUUUACAGGUGUUUCCCUCAUUGAAUAAUAAAGAACUAAUAACAAAUACCGGAAAUGUUUCAAACCAGGAAGGGUCAGCGGAUGUUGUAGCCAAAACACAGAGAGAUGGGUUUCAUAUCUUUAUUGUUUCUGUUAAAACAGAAAAAACAGAUGCAAGCUGGAAUUUGAAUGUUUCUCUUUCUACGAUGGGGCCUCAUGGGUAUAUCUCUGCAUCAGAUUGGCCUCUGAUGAUUUUCUACAUGGUGAUGUGUAUCGUUUAUAUCUUAUAUGGCAUACUCUGGCUGAUGUGGUCUGCCUGCUAUUGGAAAGAUAUAUUAAGAAUCCAGUUCUGGAUUGCAGCUGUUAUUUUCCUGGGAAUGCUUGAAAAAGCAGUUUUUUAUGCUGAAUACCAAAACAUCAACAGCACUGGGUUAUCAACCCAAGGUUUACUGAUCUUUGCGGAGUUGAUAUCUGCGAUUAAGAGGACGCUGGCUCGCCUCCUGGUGAUCAUCGUGAGCUUGGGAUACGGCAUUGUGAAGCCUCGUCUAGGAACAGUCGUGCACCGGGUCAUCGGACUGGGGAUUCUUUACUUUAUCUUUGCGGCUACUGAAAGCGUGAUAAGAGUCAUUGGGGCAAAUGAUUCUGAUCUUGUGCUUCUGGCCAGCCUCCCUCUGUCUCUUCUUGACUCUGGCUUGUGCUGGUGGAUUUUUAUAAGUUUGGCACAAACAAUGAAGACUCUAAGGCUAAGAAAGAACACAGUGAAAUUUUCUCUGUACAGGCACUUUACAAAUACCCUGAUCUUUGCCAUAAUGGCAUCUCUAGUGUUUAUGGUGUGGACAACUAAGACAUUUAGAAUUGCAAAAUGUCAGUCAGAUUGGAUGGAACGCUGGGUUGAUGAUGCGUUUUGGAGCUUCCUUUUUUCCCUUAUCCUUAUUGUAAUAAUGUUUUUGUGGAGACCAUCAGCAAAUAAUCAGAGAUAUGCCUUCAUGCCCUUAAUAGAUGAUUCUGAUGAUGAAAUUGAAGAAUUCAUGGUAACAUCUGAAAAUUUAACUGAAGGAAUAAAAUUAAGAGUCUCAAAAACGGUUUCCAAUGGAACAGCUAAACCUGCUACUUCUGAUAAUUUUGAUGAAGAUUUGAAGUGGGUGGAGGAAAAUAUUCCUUCUUCAUUCACAGAUGUAGCUCUUCCAGUAUUAGUGGAUUCAGAUGAGGAAAUUAUGACCAGAUCUGAAAUGGCAGAAAAAAUGUUCUCUUCAGAAAAAAUAAUGUGAUUGGAACCCACAUAAAUGAAGCCUACAUAACAGUGAAGGACUUCCUCAAGACUGAAAGAGAACUUUGUUUUGAUAUAGUACAAUAAGUUUUUAUUGCAUGAUCUUGGAAAUCCAUGUACUAAAAUUAAGAAUUCAGAUGGUGGGAGGGUUCUGCAACCCUUAUUAAGCUGACUCUUGAAUGCCAGUUUAAUGUCCAUUAAAUUGCCUAGACUUGGCAAUGACCUGAGAGAAGUAUUAUAAUAAAGAUAGGUGCCCAAAUGCCCUUUGCUGAUGGGUGGCAGGCUUGUGGAUUUGGGUUCUCUUUUUUUUUCCUGGGAAAUAUGACAAUUUAAAACAACUUUUUUACAUCAACACUCCUACUGUUCUUCCAGUGACCUUUGUUUGAUUCAGGUGAUGUGAUUCUUCUGAGGUGUGGUAAAGCAGUGUCUCCAUCUCUUGGGUUUAUAGUUACUAGAUGCAGUAAUAAUUCUCUCUGAUUUUCAUGCUGAAGCAAUUUGAUAAGAAGUAAAACUUGGUUAACGUUGGAACAUAAGGAUGUUUAUGUGGUUAGGUUUGCUGUGUGUGUGUGUGUGUGUGUAUGUGUGUGUGUACCUGUGUGUAUGCACAUCUGCACAAAGCCCUUGUGUGUAAUUAUCACCACGCACAUCAGAUCAUAGCAUUGGUCUUCUCUGUCUGAGCUCAGGGGAGCACAGUACAUGGAGAGAGGUCACUUCCAAAGAUCUGCUCUGCCACUGUCCCCUCCCUCAGGCCAGAUAUCUGUGUGCUGCUGCUGAAUGCCUGGGGCAGAUGGGGUCCCCUGGCCACAUGGCUCCACCAGAGCACUUCCUCCCUGGCGAGCUGAGAGGCUCAUUACCAGUGAACCUUGAGGAAACUAGAACCUUCUAUGUAAUCCUAGCAUAUUUGGUUUCAUAAUAAAAUAUAUAUUUAACUGCAUAGUACAUCACUAUUAAUCUUGUAACUAAUUAAUUUUUUAACCUUAAACCAUGUUUUAUACAUUAUUUUGUUACAUUAUAUAUGUAAUGUGUAAUUUGAAAUUAAAAAAAAAUUUUUUUUUUUAAUGCAGAACGUUCUAAACUUGAAAAGCAGUUGAAUAUAGUAUGAUGGAAAUGGUGAAUGUUUUGCUGCUCUCCUGACCAAAGAUACAGCCUAGUGAACAUUUAGAAUAGGAAUUAAAGUUAGAAUCCUAUAUGUCUUUCUUUGAAGGAGCUCUAACCUUGUGAGUUGAGGAUGACUUCAGAGUUUUUGAUUAAGCAUCAAAGUCUUAACCAGUACAAGCACUUGAAUCAUAACCUUUCAUUGAUUUUUUUCAUUGUGAAGCCACAAAACAAAAUGAUUUCUUUCAAAAGCCUGCGUUUUGAAUUGGUUUCUCAUUUACUCAUUUCAUAGGAGUUAGUAAAAAAGCUUUCUAGUAGUAAUGCCUCUUGAAAGAUACUUUCAAAUUUAUUUUCAAUAGUGAAUAUUGACCAUGUUGUACUGAGAAAGGUUUGGGACAUCCUUCCCAAGAAAAGAACAUCUAACAGUGUGGGUUCCCUUCCUUGUUUCCGUUCCUGCCACAAUAAUGGGCUCCCACCUACCAUCUUUCCCAGCAUUUAUGUCCAUUCUGGUUUUGGUGUAUUUUACCCUCAGCCCAGUUGUUUCAGAGCUGGAGGUGACCAGUGCCUUCUUGUUCCUAACAUUUGUAUCUAAUACCAGUCCCCAGAUUUUGAAGCAGAUUGAUCCCCAACUCAGAGGGCUCUAGUUGAAUUUUGAAAUGUAGAAUCCUGGGUUUCCAGCUGCAGAUGUCGUGGAGUGCGAGUGGGGAGUUGAGGGUAACUGAGUAGUAAUAAGGGAAGAUGCUUCUCACAUAACCUUGAUAGUGUUUAUAAAAACACUUCUGUCUGCAGCUGGCAAGAAAAAUGAUGCCUGCCGGUGCGGCUCAGGUGCACACCGAAAUGCAGACUUUUCUCCUCGUCACAGAAAGCAGUAUUUUCUCCUGAUAACCUCAUCAGAAAUGUUUUUCAAGGGGCGUAUACUGGGUCUGUCACCUUCAGUGGCAGUUGUGUUUGUUGGUGACUCGUGAGCUGAAUCGAGUAUUCCUACAGAGGGCCUUCUUGGCCCCCUCGUGUGCGCAGGAGGGGCUCCCUGGGGCUGUAGCCGUAGUUCUGAUGAAGGACCCCAGGGAGAAGUCACACUCACAGCCACCGUACAACUCGUCAUCCCCGCUUCUGCACAAAGUUUCCAGAAACUUUGGGCAUCAGGGUCUUUGAGGCUAUCACAUCACUUUAUUCUUAGGAUGCCAUCAAGAUGGGUUUCCCUAUUAAUGCAGGGAUCUGAGAAUAAGAGUCCAGUUUUAUGUGUUCCUAGGCAACAUGCUUAAGUGUUUUUAUUAUGCAAUUCAUGUUAGGUUUAUGUGAUGUAUGAAAUCUGCUUAAAAGGGAAUUUUCAUGAUUUGAGUUAGAUUAGUAUUAGUAUCUGCUUUAGUGGAGCUUUAAGUUAGUUUAUUUCAAAAAGUAAGGAAAAAUAGAUGAAUAUGUGAAUUUUUUAAGCCCAAGAGAUAAGAUGCUCCCAUACUUUUUACUUUUCCUGUAAAGAAAAUAAUAUUUAAAAUCUUUCACAUAUCCUGUAGAGAGUACUGACUUUCCCCCUCUACUGCAGUAUAUUAUAUUUGCACUACUGUAAUGUGAAGACUGAAAGUAUAAAAGACAUACGUGUACAUGAAAGUAUAAAAGGUUGAUUUUUAUAUCCUUUUUUCAAAAGGGAUUUGAGUCUAUUGCACUAGGCCAUACAGGACUGGUUUAUGAGACGUAUUAUGCUAGAUUUAUAAGUCCCUAGUUUUGGUACUUGUGUCUUUGUAUGAUCAACAGCAUGCGAUAAGCAAUACAAAACACCAUGCCUUAUAAGAAAGAAGUGUAACAUGUUGGUUAAAGUACUAAAAAUUACAUAGCGAAUGUAUAUAAGUGACAAAACUAGAUUUAAGGAAAUGUACAUUUAUAACACAGGAGCUCAAUAAGAAACUUCUUUAGAACUAGGAAAACAUGUAUUUGGGAAGAAAGGGGCUUAAGAAGUUAUAUAUUUUUAUUUAAAAGGUUAAAUUAUUGUAUAAUUUGGAAGAAGCUGCUCUGAAUAUAGGACAAAACUAUUUCAAAGAUUUUUGUUUGAAAAAACUGAUGUAUUUUUGUGCCUUAAUAUUUGUUCUGACAAUAAAAUGCUUUCUGAAA